ACGCCCUUUCUGAUGUACCGAAAACCCCAAGUAGGAUUCUGAGAGCCGAGAGGCCAACCGAGAGAGGGGGAAGGAUGAAGAGAGCGCUAGAGGGGGAUGGCGUCGAUCCGUCGAAGAAGCCCGUCUUCCUCACCAAGGCCCAGAGGGAGCAACUAGCACUCCAGCGCCGCCAGGGGGAAGCUGCCGAGCAGCGCCGCCGCCUGGAAGAAGCUCGGAGCCUCGCCGUCAAGCCGUUCAACGAAGCCUCCGCCUCUUUUGCAGCCGCCACCACUACCACCACCACCGCCAAUGACUCUUCUGAUCGCCACCGCUCUUCCCGCGAUAGGGACAGGGACCGGGACCGGGACCGGGACCGGGAUCGCGAACGCGAGCGUGAACGCGACCGGGACCGGGAGCUCGAUCGCAGGAGCCGCGACGAGGAUGCGAAGGCGCGGGACCGAGUGCGGCAGGAAAAGCUCUCAGAGAGGGAGAAGGAGAAGGAGCUCGAUGCCAUCAAGGAGCAGUACCUCGGCUCCAAGAAGCCGAAGAAGCGCGUCAUCAAGCCGAGCGAGAAGUUCCGGUUCUCGUUCGAUUGGGAGAACUCGGAGGACACAUCGAGAGACAUGAACGCAUUGUACCAGAACCCCCAUGAAGCACAGCUCCUCUUCGGUCGGGGGUUCCGCGCCGGGAUGGACCGGCGGGAGCAGAAGAAGCUCGCCGCGAAGAAUGAGAAGGAGCUUCGGGAGGAGAUCCGGAAGAAGGAAGGGGUGGAGGAGAAGCCCGAGGAUGCGGCCGCGCAGCGGAAGAAGGAAGCCGCGGCCAACCUGUACGACACCUUCGACAUGAGGGUUGACCGCCACUGGUCGGAGAAGAAGCUCGAGGAGAUGACCGAGAGGGAUUGGAGGAUCUUCCGUGAAGACUUCAACAUCUCCUACAAGGGGUCGCGGAUUCCCCGCCCUAUGAGGAAUUGGGAGGAAGGGAACCUGAGCGCCGAGCUCCUCCGCGCCGUCCAGAAGGCGGGUUACAAAUCCCCCUCCCCUAUUCAGAUGGCCGCGAUUCCUUUGGGUUUGCAGCAGCGUGAUGUGAUAGGUAUUGCCGAAACUGGGUCCGGCAAGACUGCCGCUUUUGUGCUUCCCAUGCUGACCUACAUCUCUCGUCUCCCACCGAUGACUGAGGAAAACGAAGCCGAGGGUCCUUAUGCUGUGGUUAUGGCGCCCACCAGAGAGCUUGCGCAGCAAAUUGAGGACGAGACGGUGAAAUUUGCACAUUAUUUGGACAUUAGGGUGGUGUCGGUCGUUGGUGGGCAAUCGAUUGAGGAACAGGGAUUCAAGUUGCGCCAGGGGUGCGAGGUGGUGAUUGCCACUCCGGGUCGGCUUCUUGAUUGUUUGGAGAGGCGAUAUGCUGUGCUGAAUCAGUGUAACUAUGUUGUGCUUGAUGAAGCUGAUAGAAUGAUCGAUAUGGGUUUCGAGCCGCAGGUGGUUGGUGUUCUUGAUGCAAUGCCAUCCAGCAAUUUGAAGCCGGAGAAUGAAGAUGAGGAACUCGACGAGAAGAAGAUAUACAGGACCACAUAUAUGUUUAGCGCCACAAUGCCGCCUGCAGUAGAGCGGCUGGCAAGGAAGUACCUGAGGAAUCCAGUGGUGGUGACAAUUGGGACGGCCGGAAAAGCAACGGAAUUGAUUACUCAGCAUGUGAUUAUGCUGAAGGAGUCAGAGAAGAUGUCAAGGUUGCAAAGGCUUCUUGAGGAAUUGGGAGACAAGACGGCAAUUGUCUUCAUCAACACAAAGAAAGCUGCCGAUACACUCGCUAAACAUCUCGAUAAAGUGGGUUACAGGGUGACAACAUUGCAUGGAGGGAAGACGCAGGAGCAAAGAGAGAUCAGUCUGGAGGGAUUUAGAAACAAGAGGUUCACCGUAUUGGUGGCGACGGAUGUCGCUGGUCGUGGUAUAGAUAUUCCGGAUGUUGCCCACGUGAUCAACUAUGAUAUGCCAAACAAUAUUGAAAUGUAUACCCACAGGAUUGGUCGGACAGGGCGUGCAGGGAAGACAGGGGUGGCGACCACUUUCCUCACUUUCGGUGAUAGUGAAGUGUUCUAUGACUUGAAACAGAUGCUUAUUCAAAGCAACAGUCCUGUUCCACCAGAGCUUGCAAGACAUGAGGCUUCGAAGUUUAAGCCAGGAACAAUACCUGAUAGACCGCCAAGGCGCAAUGAGACUGUUUAUGCUCAUUGAGAGAUAACUCCUCUUCAUUGGUGGAUAAAGAUAGACCCGUAGAUGGAACUUUAUGUAUUCUUAGUUGCUAGACGGCCUUGCUGCCCACAGAUUACUGCAAAUUGUACUGCUUAAUAGGGGUUCCAGUAGGCUUGAAUCUCAUUUUACAAUCCGUGACUUACUGCUUGAUUCAUAGACAUGUGACUGUCUUGAACAUAAUGAUGGUCCUUCUGGUAUCAAUGUGCUUAGCUGCAGGUUCAAUUGCCAAUUUGGAAUAUCUGUUAGCUUCUUUUGAUUGAAGAACGGCUUUUAUGAUUCCAUGAGGUAUUCCCAUCCCGUAUCAUUUGAAGAAGCAAUGCUGGAACUUUCCAUUUGCUGUUUAAGAAAUGUAUGAAAUGUAUGUUGCUUCUGGUGCGUUGAAUAUCUGUGGUUUUAGUUGAUUAUCGACUUUGAAGAAAACAAAACUAUUAAUCCAAUCAUUAACUUUGUGAGUUCUAGUUUGGAAUUUCUGUCAAA